AUGAAGGUCAUCGUUGCUGGCGCAGGCCUUGGAGGCCUAGGUGUUGCUAUAUCGCUCUGCAUGGCAGGUCACGAGGUCCAUAUUCUGGAAGCAGCCAGAGAGAUAGGAGAAGUUGGCGCUGGUAUUCAGGUCCUGCCAAACAGCAGUCGGGUCCUCCGUUCUUGGGGCCUCUUUGAUCUGCUUUCCAGACAAACUUCGAGCACAGAUACCUGCAACAUCUUGGGAUGGAAAGGAAAUCUGAUAUCAUCCAUGGACUUUGUGGCAGCCGAAAAAGAACACAAUUCUCCGUUUUGGGAUUUUCAUCGAGCAGAUCUUCACAAAGUACUUCUCGAUCGUGCCCUGAGUCUAGGUGCGAGGUUACACACGCAAUCGGAAGUCAUGGAUAUUGAAUUUGAUGAAUCUCGGAGUGUUGCCACCGUCAAAGUGAAGGAUAGGGAUGACUUCGUAACGGACUUGGUCAUUGGAGCGGAUGGGAUCAAUUCUCGUUGUCGUCAAAUAUUGUUGGGCACCAACGACAAACCGAAGCGCACUGGUGACAUGGCAUACCGCCUGUUACUUGAUGCGAAGGAUAUUGUUUCUGACGAAGAUCUGAAAUCGCUGGUCGAGAAUAAGGCAGUAACCUAUUGGUAUGGGCCGGGAGCGCACGUUGACAACAUGCCAGAAGAAGGGCCCUCGACGCUUCAAGGGUACGUGGAUGAAAUGCAGGAUCUUUUCAAAGAAUGGGACCCAAGAAUCGGAAAAUUGCUGGCCAUGUGCAAGUCUGUCUUGAGAUGGCGGCUCUGCAUUCGAGAGCCAAUCAGCACCUGGGUCCACCCCUCCAGCUGCCUCGUUUUGCUAGGUGAUGCUGCACAUGCAACGUUACCAUAUCUCGCGUCAGGAGCUGGAAUGACUUUUGAGGACGCUGCAGUGCUUGGUGAAUGCCUGGCGAGGAUCAGGUCAGCAUCGUCGAAAGAGAAGAAAAAGGCCCUCGCUGUCUAUGAGCUCUGUCGGAAACAAAGAACAGAGGCUGUGGUUGCACGGGGCACUGUUCAACAAGAUCUCAAUCACCUAGAUGAUGGCCCAGAACAAGAAGCAAGAGACAGGAUGAUGCAGGAAUUUGAGAAGAUCGAAGUGCAAGGCCUGCCGAAGCAACAAGUUGUGCUUCCAGAGUCAUUGAAGGAUGGAUCUGACCCUUUGGUCUGGCGACGAUUUGGCGUUGGAGACUGGCUAUUUUCAUAUGACUGCCAAAGGGAUGUGGAGGAGAAAUGGAAGAUGUUUGAAAUGGUUUCCAGUCCUCCUUCGACCGAUUGUUCCUAUUUGGCGAGUAAUGGAGUGGUGGCCGAAGUAAAUGUUAGAUAG